AUGGACUAUUUUGGUGCUGAACGCCCCAAACAAACUUCUAAAUCAACUUGUAAAUCUGCAUUUAUAUCCAAACGUCGUGUUUCAAUGUUGCUUGUUAUUGUUUUACAUAUUGUCAAAAACAAAAACAGCUAUGAAUUUAUAAAAAAUAUUCAAAAAUUCCCCAUGCAAGCUGAAAAUAAGACAAGAAAACUCACAAGCAAGACAGUAAUCAAAAAGGAUCUUCAGGCAAGAAGCAAUGAGGAAAUAAAAAAAAGCACAAUUGCAGCCGGUGAUGGAUACACAGGCUCAAGCUCUUCACGGAAGGAUUCAGCAAAAAUCCAAAAAACUUUUUCGCAUCAAGAAAAUCUCAAAAGUAAUGAAUCAAAAAAGAAGGAGUACCAGAAUCCAGGACUUGAGUCAUCCAAUGAGGAGGGAGAGACAUCACUUCAAAGCAGCAUCCAAAGUCUUAGAAUAUCAGCCAACCCCGAGGAGGUCAUUUCAAAGGAGCUUCUAAAGUACAAAAACGUAAAGUGGAGUGAUCUCAAUUUAUCGGUAAAGUCAAUUAAGGUUCUUACCUCGCUGGGAUAUAAUUUCCCAUCACCUGUUCAGUAUCAAAGCAUCCCGAACAUACUGGCAGGAAAUGAUGUGCUUGUUAGAGCCAAGAAUGGCAGUGGCAAGUCCCUGUCAUUUCUAAUUCCCAUUAUAGAAAAGAUUAAUAUUGAAAGCAAUAAUCUCCAAGCAAUUAUUGUUGCACCUACCAGGGAGCUUGCGCUACAAAUAGCCAGAUUCGCAAGAUCGCUGUGUAAGGAUUUGAACAUAAAAAGCGCGCCACUCAUAGGUGGGUCAAAUAUUAAAGACGAUAUUAUCAGAGUAUCUUCUGGAGUCCAGCUGCUUAUUGGCUCGCCCGGCAGAUUAUACUCCAUUUUGUCUAAGAAACUUUGCCAAAUAGACAAUAAUCUGUUAGUUGUUUUUGAUGAAGCCGACAAGCUUCUCGACUCCUUGUUCUUUGAAGACAUAUACAGCCUUCUCCAGCUGCUGCCAAAGAAAAAGCAAAUGUGCUUAUUUUCAGCAACGUUUCCACAGUCUGCAAAAUCAUUUAUCAAUGUCAACUUGAGCAAUCCUAAAUUAAUCAAGGUAAAUAACGAGUAUGCAUUGUUUAACAUUGCCCAGUUUUACUGUGUUGUUGAUACAGAGACUAAGUUGCCUUGUCUCAAAUCACUACUGGCAUGUCUUGAUAUCGACCAGUGUAUUAUUUACGUCAAUUCUAUCAACCAUUGCCAAAUUUUAGCAAAGAAAAUAACUGAGAUGGGGGUCAGUUGCUACUUUAUUCAUUCAAACCUAAGCCAGGAUGAAAGAAAUCAGAUUUUUCACAAUUUUUCAAAAAAUAAAACCAAAAUACUUGUAAGUUCUGACAUCACAACCAGAGGAACAGACGUUCAAGGAGUGAAUGUUGUUAUUAAUUUUGAGUUGCCGAUGUCGUCGGAAAGCUACUUGCAUAGAAUAGGCAGAGCAGGCCGAUUCGGAAAGAAAGGGUGUUGCAUAAGCAUCAUUCACAAAUCGCAGCUCCAGCUUAUCCAUUCCUAUGCACAGUUUGUCGGUACUCCGGUGGCUCCAUGCACUGGCAAUGAGCUUAAAAAGUUUUGCAGAAAUUAA